UUUAACAAGAAAAUGAGCAAGAUGGGAAACGCCUUGAGAGCCAUCAUUUCCUUCAUUCCCUAUGAGUGCUGUCAACAUUUCUUAGUGGGGGACCUGGAGGACAUGCCGCUGGAUCGGACCCUGGACCUCAGCAGCCGGCAGCUACGUCGGGUACCUGUUGCAGCUUGUGUCUUCAAUGAGCUCGUCAAGCUCUACCUGAGCGACAACAAUCUCAGCAGCUUACCGGCUGAGCUACAGAGACUGAGGAAGCUGCAGCUCCUGGCCCUGGACUUUAACUGUUUUGAGGAGCUGCCUGCAGCCGUGUGCAGGUUACCCCAGCUCAGCAUCCUGUACCUGGGAAACAACAGACUGUACCGCCUCCCCAGGGAACUGAGGCAGCUGAAGGAGCUCAGCACUCUGUGGUUAGAGGCCAACUGCUUCAUGGUUUUCCCGAAGGUGGUUUGUGAACUUUCCAGCCUCAAGACCCUGCACCUUGGUUACAACCAGAUACGGACUUUGCCGACGGAACUCAAAAGGUUGGAAGAGCUACGAAGCAUCUGGCUUGCUGGCAACCACCUGGCAGAAUUCCCUCCGGUGUUGCUGGAAAUGCACCUUCUAGCUGUCAUCGAUGUGGAUCGCAACAGAAUAAACCGCUUCCCUUGCUUGUCUCACAUGCAGGGAUUGAAACUCGUCAUUUAUGACCAUAACCCAUGCUUUAAUGCCCCGGCGGUGGGGGAGGGAGUCCGAAGGGUGGGCCGAUGGGCGGACUGCCCAGAUGAAGAGCCAGAGGAUGACGGGUCAAAAGCAGUGAGUGAAACUACAGAGGAGAUGACGGAAGAACAUGCUGAGGAGGAGCACAAUACCGAGGCGCAGGGAACAUGCUGACUUUCAGCCACUU